CACAAAAAAAAGUGUAGGAGUCCAGAAACUUCACUCAUGUAAAUAACGGCAAUUAUAAAGCUGCAUGGCUACACUGAACAGCGACACGCAGUAUUAGAUAUAUUCACCAGUGUUCCCCUACGUUUUUGACAAUGCCGCGGAAAAAGCCAUUUAGUAACAAACAGAAGAAGAAACAGUUGCAGGUCAAACGCGAAAGAAAGAGAGGUGACACAGGUUCUGGCCCAAGCAGCCGCAAUGCCAGCGUGGAGCGAGGAGGAGAGCGUCAGUCCGACACCUCAGAUAGUGAAACCACAGAUAUUAGAAGAAUAAAUCAGCAGCCCUUUGGCAGAGAUGGUAGACAUGAUCCAAACAGGUUUCGGCUUCACUUUGAGAAAGAGAGUAAAGAGGAGGUGAUAAGGAGGAAGAAGCUGGCCAUGGAGACGGUGUUGAAACCGGCUUCUGAUAAAGAACUCGAGGUCAACAUAAAUGAAAUCUACCCUUCAGAGAAAGGUCUUGGCUUCCCGCGACGACCAUCUUGGACUUAUGAGAUGUCUCGAGAGAGCCUAAUGAGGAAAGAGGAGAAGUCAUUCAGAGACUACCUGGAAGAACUGCACUCCAGAAACCCACCGGGCUCUCUCAGCCACUUUGAGCACAAUCUAGAGACAUGGAGACAGCUGUGGAGGGUUUUGGAAAUGUCUGAUGUCAUCCUUGUUAUCGUUGAUAUAAGGCACCCGGUGCUGCAGUUUCCUCCUGAUCUGUACCGUUACAUAACAGCAGACCUGCAUAAGCAGAUGAUUCUGGUGUUGAACAAAGCUGACCUAUGUCCCCCUCCACUGGUGAUUGCCUGGAAACACUACAUGACCUCCCAGUUUCCUCACUUGGAAAUAGUGUGCUUCACAUCCCAUCCUGGGCAAUCCUACAACACAGUGCUGCAGAAGAAAAGGAUGAGAAAGAAGGCUGACUGGAGUCGGCCUGGAGGUCUUAUCGACAUCUUUAAGGCUUGCCAAGAGAUCACAGCCGGAAAAGUUGACCUCUCCAGCUGGGAACAGAAGAUUCACAGAGACGCCGUCGCAGAACGACUGGAUGGAGAGUCACACGAAGACGGAGCUGAGUCAGUGUUAGUAGAGCAUCAGACUGACAGCACUUUAGAGAUGAGCAACCAGGAGCUCUACAAAGAUGGAGUUCUCACAUUAGGCUGUAUAGGUUUUCCUAAUGUUGGUAAAUCAUCUGUAAUAAACAGCCUAGUUGGGAGGAAGGUUGUCAGCGUGUCUCGAACGCCAGGUCACACCAAAUACUUCCAAACCUACUACCUCACCCCGACAGUCAAAAUGUGCGACUGCCCCGGCCUCGUCUUCCCCUCCUGUGUCAAUAAGCAGCUACAGAUUCUAGCAGGUAUUUACCCCGUAGCCCAGCUGCAGGAGCCCUACACUUCAGUCGGUUAUCUUUGUGAGAGGAUCCCUUACCUUUCCGUGCUGAAGCUCAAACACCCCAGUUUGCAAGAGAAGGGAUCUCAGCAGGAGCGGCACGGUACUACAGAACCCAGUUGGACUGCCUGGGAGGUGUGUGAAGCUUGGGCAGAGAGGAGAGGCUAUAAAACGGCUAAAGCAGCUCGGAAUGACGUUUAUCGCGCAGCAAAUAGUCUAGUAAGGCUGGCGAUUGAUGGCAGACUGUGUCUCUGUCUGACGCCUCCUGGCUACAGCUGUCUCAAAGAGCAUUGGGAAAACCACCCGGACUUGCCAGAUAUCAUGGCUCUUCAAGGAAGGGCGGCAGAGGAGGAAGGAAGUGCAGAACGGGAAGAUGAAGAGGACGGAGAGUCAAGCUCCGAACCUGAGGAGGAGAGAGACAGGGACGCUGAUGAUGACGAGGACGGCGAUGAUGAAGAUGAGGGAUUUGAACAUCAGGGCCAGAAUGUUAAGAAGCCAUCAGGCUUUACUAUCAACAUGUACAACGUUCUACGGGAAAAAGACUGUGAGUGACAAAAAGAGGAAAGCCGAGAAAUAACUGUUCCUGCUUUUCCCAGUCUGCUUCAGAGCACUUUUCAUUCCUUCUUCCCCUUCAGCCUGCAUUCCCUCUCAGUUUAUAACAGUCUGCUUUCUUUCUGUCCUUUGCCCUCCAGCACAUCCUACCGAUCAUAUUUAUGUAUUCCACACUGUGACUCCGCUCUGCUUGUUUGUCCUCAAACCUCCACCUUCCCUGUUCCUUUAGGAGCAGCUUCAGUUUGAUCUUUUCCAUUUUUGCAUGUUGUCCUUAGAGACAAAUGAGCAAAGAAAUUCCCUGAGCCCGUAGUCGACAA